AUGGUACAUUUCGGAAUGCGAUUUCUGGUGCUGUUGGUGGUUGCUGUUUUCUGUCGCGUGGAGACCAAGCCAAUCGACCCGGAAUGCCAGAAGCAACUGGACUGCAAGGAUCUCGUGUGUCAUCUACAGAAGAGAUGCAUAGAAGAGAAGGAUCGGGAACACAUCAUUGAGAUAAGCGCCACAAACUUGGAGGCGGCACGACUGAGUCGUUUUCAGAAACUUCUCGCGACCCUGUCUAAAGAUUUCAUAACACGCCAAAAUAAUGCUAAAACCACCACCGAAGGAGGAACAACGAACGUGGUAGAAGCUUCGACCGAAGGACAGACGGACACGAGAAGACCGAUAUCGCUCGGGAGGAUCGAAAUCAUAGCAUACCAAGGGAGAAGCCCGGUGACUUACGACGUACCGCAAUUAGAUGAGCUAACCCAGGAGCUCCGGAAGGGUAUCGUCAAUGAGUUCCGAGAUGUUUCGAUCGAUGUCAGGAGUGCAUCAGUGAGGGAAGGAGAAAAUCGUCGACGAACGGUCAGGAUUUUAUUUGUCGUCGGAAUUUCUGUUGCUCUGGUGAUUCUCAGCCUCAUCAGUGUGCUGACUGUGAGGAGAUACCGGCGGCGUCACGCCUUUGCGUACAUGGGCGCCAACCUGGAAGCGCACGAAAUGUUCUCCUCGGCAGAGAUCCUGGAAUCGGAGAAUCCCGGAAUGCGGAGGAAAGCUUGGAGUCUCAAACGACAAGCUAAUGAUAUCAGCAGCGCACCACACACCCCUGGUACAUUCAGGAUGAAAGAGGAUGUCCGGAUGUGAUAAUGCAUUUUUAAAGAAGCGGUUCUCGCUCUUUUCACGGCCGCUCAUUUGGCUACGAAGGGUUGACUUUUAGAUUACUUGGAGCUCGACGGCGUGUCCUUGGAAUCUGUGCAUAUUUAUACGAAAAAUCCGGAGAUGAUGAAGGAGUGACCCCUGAAGCCCUCUCAGUACGGGUUGAGUCAUUCAAAAGACGAGAAUAAAUAAAAUGCUUCGGAA